AUGUCAGGAGCAACACCGAAGUCCACCGAACAACCAGCCAAACCCCUGGCGUCCUACUCAUUGAUACGCAAGGUUCCUUUUGAUCCGCCUCAUCAGCAAUUCUUAUACAUAUCCGGAACCACAGCACGGCUUUCCGACGGGCAGAUCCCUCCGUAUGGCUAUCAGCUCGACGACUCUGUAGCACAAGAUGUUGCAGCGGCGACACAGACGGAAACUAUAUUCUCUAAGAUCGCUUCAGCUAUUGACAACUCAUCUGGUGGAGCUGCGGGCCUAGAGUCUCUUGUGGAGAUGACGAUUUUCGUCACGAAUUUAGAGAAACACUAUGGCGCUGUGAACAAUGUUUAUAAUAGAGUUAUUGGGAAACUUUUUCAUGAAAAGGGGCUUCCGCUGCCGGCCAGAACUUGUGUGCAGGUCAGCGGCAUGCCUCCCGAUGCAAGAACGUUGGUGGAGAUAAAGGGAAUUGCUGUUAUAUCAUACACAUAA